GAUGUUUUUUUUCGGUGGGCGCGGUUUUUCUCAGUUUUUAUCAGUUUUCCCCGCAGAAAAAAUGUAAUUUAUCACCUCCCAAAGACUGAUUUCUUCACUGCCCCAAACACAUACAUAUCAUCAUCAUCACAAAAACUCACAACAAAAGUCAUCAAAGAGCAUCAAAUAAAUACGUGCGUGUGGCAGGAUGGAGGAAGCCAGUGAGCUUGAGAUGUGCGUCGAUGUGAAGAUGGAUACGCGAGAGAAGCAUAUGGAUUACCUCAAUGUACGCACCUGGACGAAGUUUCUCCUGAAAAUUCAGCCAAUUAAAUGCUUUCCCUGCCACCUAAGGAUCUCCCUCAUACACGAUCACAAGGAGGAGGUCAGCGCAAACAUGACCAUAAAGAUUAAUGUUCCGGGAAUUAGUGUACAAAUGGCGUCAUCGCGCAAGAAACAACACAUCUGCAGCCUAUCGUGGACUUAUAACCAACGCUGCACCAUCUUCCUCAGUUUCGAUACUCAAUUGAGUUGCCAGCAGCACGUACAGUGGCUACGAAGGGCUAUUCGGGACCUGGAGCAGUACAGUUUAGCAUUGAUUGAAUCCAAACGACUGAGUCGCAGCUCAAUGGUGGACGAGGUGUGUCAGCAGAGAACCCCAUCUCUGUACGAGAAUAUCUGGGAAACACGGGGGAUGCGUUCCUACGGGGACUGCCAGCGUGAUUCACGCACAUCGGGGAUUUACGAAGAGAUUCCCGAUGCAAGAAGAAAUGCCCCACGUGCAUCAAUAGCUUCCGGAAUCUACGAAGAAAUGCUCCCAGUUGACGAAAAGAAGCCCUCUGAUGCUGAGACUGAUCAAAUGCCACCACCCCUACCGCCCAGGACACGAAUUAAUACGGCUGAAGGUGAAAUUCCGCGCUCUUUCACAAAUCCCGAAUCCGAAAUGAUGAAGAAGAAGCGCUACAGAGCUCUCUUUGAUGGCUUCCUCGGGCUUGGUAGGCGCACGUCAAAGACAGAGAAGAAGGGGAAGAAGACAGCAAGCCCAUCGAGUCUCACGAAUAAAUUUCUCUCAUUAGACAUAUCACAGGGAAAGAGGAAUAGUUUCUCAAGUCCCAAUCUCACAAAACUCACGCGGAGUGUGUCGGAAUCCGAUGCAAUGACGCCGUAUCCGACGAGUCUCUCUGAUGACUUCUGGUGCAAUGAAUCCUACAUUAAUACGGUGUCAUCGCAGCCAGAAACCAAAACUCGCUUUGAUGAAGGUGUGGGGGAGGAGGGUGGUGGUCUGAGGAAGUCAUCAAUGGGAAGCCUGCUGCAGUUGCCGGAUCUUGAGGGUCUCCCAACAAGGCAUAUUCGGCAGAAUUCAAUGGAUUGCCGGAUUGGAAGUUCACAAGAAAUGUCUCCGAGAAGUUCUCAGGAGUCCCAAAAGGAGGAUACGUCCGUGAGUGGGGUGUUCAAUAGUAUCUACUUUAAGUUUCAAGAUGACAAACCACGAGGAGCAUCGGAAAGUUCAACAACCUCCACAUUAUCUGCUAUUCCAACACCCACAAACACCGAAGGGUACCUCGAGAUGGGUCCCAUUGGAUUCAAUAGGGAUAAAGUGAGGGAAUUGGAUAGAAUGGAGGCUAUGGCAAAGCCCGAUCUAUCGGGUUAUGUUGAAAUGACGGGCAAUGGUUUCAGUCCGGAAGCUGUUAAGGAGCUAGAUCGCCUUGAGGCGGCUCAAAAGGAUGUCUGUGACUCACCUGCACCGUCGCAAAGUCCCCCAAGACACGAAGAGAGUUCUCAUGAUGCAGACACAGAGCGCGCGAAACGAUUGAGUUCAUUUGAUGAAAAAAUUCCGUCCUACUUCCCCAAUGAGAAUGUCAUUGUGCGGAAAUCCAAGAGGCGGCUGCAGAAGAGCCCGGAAGUCAGUAGGCAUGUGAAAUCCCUCAGCAAUGGGGACUUCCAGGUGGCAAAGCGGAAACCUGCCGUACGCAUGGGGAGUUUCUCACGGCGUGAUACCCCCCAGAGGGCUAUUAUGAGACCCACAGAGGCCCCCCCGGAUCCACCUGAAUCCCCCGCUUCGGCUGCCACCACGGAGAAUCGUCUAGAAGUGCAAUCAAUUGCCGAUAAGUGCGUCACACUGUCGCGCCUCAAUAGGUGCUCCCUUCGUGCUGAUCUGCAGUCGGGUUUGCGACGCUUUGCUUCACUACCGCGCUUCCGGAAGUUGGAUCUGACACCGCUGAAGGCCAAGAUCACGAGUGCCCUGCAGCGACAGAAUACCUGAGCGCGCACACGUCAUGGAGCUUGCUGUUGUUGUGUGUGGCUGACGCUAUAAAAAAAACAAUCUCUGGUGCUUUCAUCACAGCUUAAAAUGAGGUAAAAUACACUGAAAGAAAUUUUUUUCGUUCAUUUUACCAAAUUGGUUAAUUGCGUAAAUAAUUUACAGUGUUCUUUUUUUUAACUCACAUUCCCAACUAUUUUUUUAAGCUGUGUUUCUUUUAUUAGCUUUUGUGUAUCGAGCAAAAUCAGUCGGAUAGGGCUUAAAAUUGGGAUGAGCAUGAAUUAGGGUCCCCACAUUCCAAAAAAAACGUAUGCGCUAAAAAAACCUAUCGCUAUAUUGCAAGAGAACAGUGAUAGAUAGAGAAGAAAUCCAAUUAUGAAGUCAAAUCCACUCCCCCACCCCUUCGUCCGCCAUUUUGAAUAACCCCCAAAUUUUGUUUUGUCUAUAUCUCAUUCCCUAUUUUAUGUAUGAGUCUGAAAUUUUUAUAAGUUGUAGGGGCCAUCGAGACCUUUCAAACGAUACCUCAUUUUCGAAAAUCGGUCAAGCCGUUUAAUUAAUAUGGCCACCACAAUUUUUCAUUGAAAAUCGACCAUAACUCGAAAACGGCUAGACCGAUUUUGAUCAACUCGGGCUCAAAUGAAAGCUCUCAGCAAACCCUAUAACUCUCUAGAUCAUCCGAAGUUUCAAAAGUAACUGCUAGUGGGCCAAAAAUCAAAAACAAAAUUUUCGAUGAGUUUUCGAUGAAUUUCUCGAAAACGCCAUUAUCGAUUUACUUACAAUUUUGAUUUAUAAUAGCCCACUAUAACAUCUUUUUAUAAAAAGAAAAUUUAAAAAUUUUAAGUCGCCAUUUUGAAAAUAUUGAGUUUCAAAUUUGACAUGCUAUAUAUCUCGGGAUCUACAAGUUCGAUUAUGAUCAAAUCAAGCGCAAAUGAAAGGUUUCGUGAAACUCAACAAAUGUCUAGAACAAUGAAACUUCGAAAAACGACCGCAAGAGGCGCUAAGAUCUAAAACAUAAUUUUCGAAAAUUUCGAACUUGAAUUAUGAAGAAAUAUGGUUUUCUAAAAUUUUCUCUAGGUAUGACUUUACUGCUUUUCCCGACUUUGCGAGUAUUUAAAUUAAUUUCCGUUCUAGUUUGCUCUCACAAAAUUGGUACACUGAAAGAAACACAGCUCUCGUAAGCUUGGUUUAUUUUUGCAAAAUUUACACCGUUUUGUAAAUAUAUUUUUUAUGUUCUUUUAUUGAUUUUAUUGGAAAAGAAAAAAUUGGUUGUAAAUUUUACAAAAUAUUUCGUUUUUUUUUCUUCACUGAAAAAGAUCACUGUAAAUUGCAAUUUUACCAUAUUUAUAUAGUUUUUUCUACCUAUGAUUUUUUGCAGUGUAUUUCUUUUAACCUCGCCCCUCUGCCUUGAACACUUUUGCUAUUUUGUAUGAAGAAAAUAAUGUAAAACUCGUUGCUUAAAUCAAUGUGCUUUCAUUCAUCGAAAAAAAUGACCAAAAUGCGUAUCAAAGUUCGUAAAUUAGACCAAUUUAAAUUGUAAUUUAUAGAGAACUUUUAAAGCAUUUAUACUAAAGAAUAUACAAAAAAAAAUUAGGAUAAAAAAAGGCGCGAAGUAAGCUCAAAGAUUUAUUUAGUUUAGUAAGAAAUUGUCGCAAAUUAAUUACAAUUAAGGAAGUAUUAAAAUGCAAUUGAUCUCAUAAGAAAAAUUUAGAGAAAAAAAAUGCUGAAGAGAAUAACCAAAAAAAAAUAAUAAUUUGGUGCAGAAAAUUGCAAAGAGAUAACAAAGAUAAAAUAAUAAUAUUCCUUCUGCACCAAGAACUGUGAUUUUUUAUGUACAAAGCGGACAAUUAAAUCAAUUUAGGAUGAUAGGACUUCAGCGUGGAAUUUACAAAAGAGAUAUCACUUCUUCUUUUUUUUAUUCUUCAAAAAUAUUUAAGAACGUUUUUUUAACCAUCGAGCGAGACGAUAGAUUAGCGAAAGAACGAAAAAAAUGUUUAUAAUGAAAAAAAUCAGCAAAGGGCGAUCGUGAGGCCCCCACCACUAAUAAAAGAAAAAAAUAAUCUCUCAACAAAGUAUAUAUACAUAGGUAAUAUAGUUGACAUAAAAAAAAGCAAAUAUUGUUCAUUUUUUAUCGAAUUUAUGUAAAAUGUGGCGCAAAAGUCGGAGCUUGAUAGCAAAAUUGUAUGACUAAUUGGUGACGCUUUUAUGUGAAAGAAAUAUUUGCUCAAAAAAAAAUUCGCUGAGAAAAAACGAUGGGAAAACAUACAAAAAAAAUUGUUAGACUUGUUGCUAUAACCCAAAAAAAUAAUUCAAAAAUCCUACACGAAAGAGUUAAGAAAAAAUCCCUUUUCUAUUAUUACAUAUAAUAUCACUCACACGAAUGAACUAAAAGAAAAAAAUAACCUGAACAGUUUGAGGUGCGAAUGAAGAGUAAAUGGUGAGAGAAUUAUUAAUAAUAUUGUAUUAAGUAAAAUAUGGAGAGAAUAAUAUUUAGAGACACGCGUUUAGUUUAUAAGAAAGAAAAAAAAACUGAAUUAUGGAAUAAAAUUGAAUUGAGAAAAGAA